AUGAAAUGUACACUGGACCAAAAUGCACUCGUUAACCGAAUUGUGUCGAAUGAAUUGAAGAACUCCACCAAAUUACAGAGCGUAGGUUCGUACACUGAAAGCAAUACACAACAGGGAUUGCAACCACCACCGUCCAUAGACGCAUCGAACGGAGGCGGGGGAAAACAGAGUCGAGUAAUGUCCUUGUUAAAUGAAAUAAAAGAAACAUUAUUGAUCAGACCACAAAUAAUUGAAGCAAAAUUAAAAAAUUUAGAACAAGCUUUGCUAAAUAAUAAAUUAAUAACAGAAUCCAAAUUACAGGAAGUGAAGCAGGUCCUAUCCGAUAGGGAACUAAUAGGAAAAAAGAAAAGGAGCGUUUUCAAAGUCUUGAAGGAAAAUUUUUUAAGCAAUCCAUCUAUACGAAAAUUAAUGCUAAAAGAAUUAGAAGACAUUUUGUUAGGAAAUGAAUUAAACACUGAAUACAUUUUAAGUGUAAUAAAUAAAAAUAAGUUUAGUAAGAGAUUAACCUAUUUGCCUUUAUUAAAUAUAUUUGGAAGAUUCAUCAUAUCCAGAAAAUUAAUGGAUGAAUCGAAAUUAAAAGAAUUAAAAGGAGUUUUGCUAAGUGACCAACCUAUCACAGAAUCGCAAUUACAUGAAUUAAAAGUGUUGCUGGUGGAUGUAUUACAUAAUAUCACUAAUGCAGAUAAUAACGGAACAUCACAAAAUAAAGUAAGUAAUUAUCACAUCAUUCGUCCUGCUCCUCCGGACGUGGAUGCGUAUUACUUUUCACAGCGACCUUUUGAUUCGGCAAUCAAUGUGGAUGCGCGAUACCCUGACCACCAUUUAUUGCAAAAUGUGAAUUCGCUCAAAAAUCGGAACGAAUUGCCCAGAAGGGAAGCGUUACAUAUAGAUCAUCCACUGGUAAGAAGGGCCAAUUUGAAAAGGAGAGAAAAUUUAUCUCUGGAGGUAAACCGUUCCCGGAGGACAAAAAAAGAUGCACACUAUAAAAGAAAUGUGUCGCAAAAAGCAGAUUUGGUAAAAAAGAAUGAACUGCUAAAAAAGAAGGUUCUGAGGGAGGCCGAUUUGGUGAAGGAGAAUGAGCUGCUCAGAAAAAGGACGUUUUCGAAGGAGGCCGAUUUGUUGAAAGAGAAUGACCUGUUGGAAAAGAGGCUCUUGAGAAAGGACCAUUUGAUAGGGACAAGUAAUCUGAAAAGAGGUCAUACCAUUUUUCUCCCAAAAUAUGAAGACUUCAUAGAUGAAAAUCUUGCUAUAGACAGAAGGGAAAUAUUACAAAAAAACGAGUUAAUAAAAAAAAUCCAUGUAAGGAAGGAUAUUAAGGAAUUGACACCAAAGAGGGAUUCACUAGAAAAAGUUCCUGUGGAAAUCACCUCAAAGGACAAAAUACCAAAGGGCCAUUCUUUAGAAAAAGUUAUUCCUGUGGAAAUUACCCCAAAAGACGACAAAUUACCAAAGAGCGAUGUGGCAAAUAAAACGGACAAAACAGAAAUCGAGCAAAUCACAAAAAAGAAAAAAUGGACUAUAGAAAUACAUAUGAGUGAAAAAAAGCAAACAGAUGAAAUAAUAACGAGUAAAAAGAAAAAAAAGAAAACUGCUAUUAUAAGCACGCACAUGUGUGAAAGGAAUAAAAAAAAUGAACUUAUAGACGACACCCUCGAUUCUAAAAGCAAAGAUGAUGAUAAAAACGUGGAAGAAGAAAAAAAAGCGGUCGCAAAGAGGAAAAAAUUCAAGGUAGAUGUACAUUUAGAAAAAAAAAAAAAGAAAAAGGGAAAACCGGUAAUUAAAAAAAAAACAUGGUUGAUUGGAGCAAUUAUGAAAAAUGUUGCCCCAAAGGAGUUGAGAAUAUUAAAAGAAUUACCUGUGUCCCAUGUAAUUGAUGUAGACGUCAACGAUCCGUUAUACCGAACAAAAGAAGAAAUUCUUUUUGAAAGUAUUCUUGCGAACCCUAUAAAAGAACCUAGUAGAAAAAAAAGAAGAGCUCGACUUUUAAAGAAAUUGGCUAUUUAUGGAUUAGUACCAGCACUUGCUAUAGGAGCUAUAAUAGGCUUUACAAUAGGAUAUAUUCAUGUAGCGCCAGUAGAUGCUGUGUUAGACGCUGCAGUUUUAGGUCUUAAGGAAACUGCAGGGGCGGUUGCAGAGGGUGUACCUAAAAUGGCAGCUGGAGUUGGGCAGUGUGUGGCUGAUACAGCAGGUUCUCUAUUUUCUGGUUUUUCGUUUGGUUCAAUAUUGAGUUCGUUUUCAAAUACUAUACUUACUGCUGCGCAGUGUACAUUGACUAGUACAGUAACUGUGGUGGAGACCGUUACUGAAGCCACAUUUGAGGGCGCGGCUUUAGCUUCUUCAUAUGGUACAUUAUACGGUGUAUUACAAUCUUUAUUCCCAUCAUUAAUAGCUGUUGGAGUUGCAGUCCUUAUUUAUAUUGUAUACUUAUACUUAGAUGAAAGAGGGAAGAUGGAAUGGUUCCACAGGUAUAGAAGGACGUUUAUGAAAAAUUUGAAGAAGAAAUAUAAUGAAUUCAAGAUGUCCAGAAAAGGAAAAAGGAGGAGAAAGUGGUAUAGGAAAUUUCUAUCUAAAAUGGAAUACAUAAAUGAAGAACAAAAUGCAUAUCCUAACGGAGCGGUUUGCUUAAAACAUUAA